AUGGACAUCAUUAAGAGCGCACCGUUGAGCCCUGCUUUCACAGGUGCCUUACUUUAUUCCCUAACCAAAGCACCAGACCAGGUCAAGCAACAUGCCCUCCAACACUUGGGCAAAUACCUCUCUCCCAAAAACAUCACCCGCACAAUAACGGCCUUAAAAUGGCUCUUCGCUCUCGGUCUCACACGCAACGUCCACGUUUUCCUCUCCAACCUGGCGCAGAACAACUUCCGCUUCCGCAGUGAACGCCGCAACUAUGACUGGCCGAACGAAAUCGCUGUGGUGACGGGCUCCUCUUCAGGCUUCGGCGCCUUGAUCUCGAAAGGUCUCGCCGACAAAGGGAUCAACGUCAUGUGUCUCGACCUUGCAGAGGAAAUGCCGGACGACAUGAAAGGCAACGCGAAACUCCACUACUACCAGUGCGACGUCACGAACCGAGAGACUGUUCUUUCAGUUGGAGAGCAGAUCAAGCGAGAGCACGGCGAAGCCAGCAUCUUGAUCAACAACGCCGGGGUGGCGUACAACCACCACACGCUCGACGUUUCCGAGAAAGCGAUCCAUCGUCUCUUCGACGUGAACAUUAUCUCGCACUACUGGACUCUGCAAGCCUUCCUGCCAGAUAUGAUCAAGAACAGGAAAGGCCACGUGGUCUCCCUGGCAUCGAUGGCCUCGUUCCUAAGCCCUCCGGGACUGAUUCCGUACUGCAACACCAAGGCUGCUGUGCUGUCCCUCCACGACGGCCUGCAGCAGGAGACGAGGGUGGCGUACAAGUGUCCGGAGAUCAAGUUUACGAGCGUGCACCCCACGUACGCGGCGACUGCGAUGACUGCUUCGUGGAGAAAGGAGUUGGCUGAUGCGAAAGCGACGAUGCUGGACCCCACCGACGUCGCCAAUGCCGUCGUCAAGCAAGUUCUCAGCGGCAAAGGCGCCCAGUUGAUUAUGGGCGCUGAAACCAGCUUCUUAGCGGGCAUCAGGGGUUGGCCGCACUGGCUUGCGCAGACCAUCAUCCAUGCUACUGAUGGCCAGGCUAAUAUGGCGCAGAAAGGGGCGGAGAGGACGGGUGGAUGA